UGAGAGAACAGCCCGACACAAUGCGGUCGGCGAAAAGUCAAGAUCUAAUGGGCCACGCAAUGGACCACAAUAUGAGCCGGAAUAUUGGAGCGAGCGAUGAAGCAGGGGUUGGGGCGCUGCCCUGACCACAGUCGAACAAGUGACAUUCGCAACACGUGGUGCAAGAAUCGCUGGGCUGGACGGGCUGAAAUCUUCGGCAGCAGCAGCGACAGGCGAUCGAUGCAGCCCAGGUCACAGGUAGAGGAUCUAGGAACCGUCACUGUAUCAUUGUAUGCCGUCUCACCAAACAGAUGAAUGUCACCAGCCUUCGCAGUCGCGCAUACCUGUACACCACGCAGUCUGCGAACAUUUCAGAAUGCCGGUUGAAAUCUUGCACGAAGAAAAUAGAACAAGAUGUAUUGUAAAGGCUUAGCGCGAGCAUUCAAUCAGCUAGAUCAUUCACAGACGAAUGUUUUCUUGGCCGCGAGCCUUCUGCCGUUCGCUUUCCAAUCCCCAGAACGCUAUUUUACGCUUUGGAGCGAGUAUUCUUAGGUCAGUGUAAGACUAGAGGUUCUAGGUCUGUGUAUGCCGUUAGUUUCCCGUUUGUGGCCGCGAGGUGAAGUGUUACGAGAGUUGUCGCUUGCUUUGAUUGCGUUCCUGAACUUGGGACAGCCCACUUCCCGCUGCAUGCUGUGAGCACGGUCCGGUGGAUCUAGCAGUACAGGCCUUCAGAUCAGUCACAAUCGGGGUGUGUGCGUAUGCCACUGCCUGGAACCGUUUCAUAGCUAGCUGGACGAGCAUUCGGCCUUGUCGUGUAACACUCCGGCGUAGUGUUGUCAAUGUAAGCUGCUCCGCAGUACACGACCAGUUGCGUUGUCCUCAGUCAGUCGCACUCAGGGGAGGUUUGUUUUGUUUUUGCUUUUGGUAGUAGCGUGUUUCUUGCUUCCAUAGCUGUCUUUGACACACGGAGCUACACCAGAUGGUCUAACCACAUUGCUCAAGCACCUUCUUCACGCCAAUACCUGACCCGAAAGCUGGAAGUUUGAAAGUUUGAAGCCGCCCGUCGUCUUUUCAAGUGUCCAUCUGAAAGAAGGAAGCAGUAAACCAUGACUGAAGGCGGUGUGGAGGUUUGUCACAGAGCUCGUUCGCAUUCGCAGUCGCAGUCCAGUGGAGGACAGCAGCAUCACAAUGACCAGCGGUCGACUGUUGUGCGUCCGGCCAGUGCAACUCCACCGCCGUCCGGUUCUCCUUCACCCACUCUGCGAAAUGCAACGCUCUACUCAUCCGUCACCACCAGUGUCGUGGCAGAGUUUGUACCCAGUCGACCUACACGUCAGAGCACAAACAGAGCUCUGCGGAAUGACCUACCAGACGUGCGAGCAGCCAUGAAGCAGCGUGCCCUUCGCCAGGCAGCGGCGCACAAGACGAACGUGUCCCCAGCAGCAUCGGGCGGCAGUGCGGGACAACUGUCGGGCCAGUACGCUGACCUAGACUUUGUUGCAGCUGGUGGGGCACGACAAGAAAUGAGCAGACAGCCGACAUCAUCACCUGAUGACCAUGGUCGAGUGCGCAGAGAUCAGCUGAUGAGUGUGUAUGGCUUAGAGCGAAGCGUAAUGUACGAGAACUUGGUGCGCCCCAAAGAUGGUGUUCAGGCCUCGUUUUGGCUAGGAGCUGAUCACAAUUCCGUUUCUGGACAGGCGGAAGAUGGCUGCUCACCUGUGCCGGAUCAUGCUGCUGUGAGUGUCUCACAUUCGGCACAGUCCUCCUCGUCAACUGGUAGCUAUGAGAACAUACCGGAGCACGGCACAUUCAACUAUGGUUCUGAUGAGAAUGUUGCUGUUGCUGCUGCCACUGCUGCUGUUACAACAAGAGGACUAGAUUGUGGUGGCGUUGACCAUGCAUAUCUUACACACGAUGCACCAGACCGUAGUGAACCGUGCAACCCGUCAGCAAGACACCCACCGCUGUCAGCAUACGAGCAGAUUGCAGACAAUGAGCGAGCGGCAAGCACUGACUCUCCUGGGGGCAUCAUGCCGGUACAGAUCGGCCGCUCAUCGACGCUCAACUACCGACGGAGGAUGUCGUCACGGAAACGCUGCGUCACGCCGGUCUCCAUGAUCAGCCGUGCUCCCACCUCGGGACCGCCGUCGAGUAGCCGAAGACAUUAUGAAGAUACAGACUUGGUGACUGGGCUGCCUCUGGACAUGUCCCCACCGCCGUCAGCCACUCCUAGCCACCACCACGCAGCUAGCAUCACGUCGCGGCCACAGUCUCCACGCAGCGUUGACACAGCGUCGCUACAGGAUCUUAGCUGGUCACACAUGCGAUCGUGCUCAGCGCCGGAAGUACCAUCGGCGCUGGUUGAGGAUGUAUCGCCACCAUACCCCGUAUCCCCGUUGGCCGCCACUCCGGAUCAAAUUUUCAACAACGGCACAUUGACGGCAGCACGACUCUACUACAUGGGCCCACCUAGACCACCGCAACGCCGUUCAUCGCUCUCAUCGAAAAGCCUCAACAACGAGGCUCUUUCUGCGCAGCAGAGAUAUCCAAAACAAGAGCCUGGCACGCCGCCUCUACCUCCCAAGACCCGUGGGCGACAGGACGUGGCUGGUGGAAUGGUCACGGUGGCGCCGCAUGACGGUUACGUCAAUGCACCCGUGUGUCCUGGGACAACACGUGCAAGUGGUAGUCAGUCACCUGAAAUGUCGCUGGCAUCACUCAGUGUAACCACCAGAGACUGUGCCUCUCCCGUGAGUACUGUUGAUAGCAGCGCGUGCUCCUCUCCGGAUUACCUCAGCGUCGGUCCACUGCCGUGCCGCAAGUCGUGGAGAAAGUCGUCAGCCAUGGAGGUGUUUGGUGAGUUUCAAGUCCACUACUUAGGCAGAGCGGAGGUGACCAGUGCGUACGGUGCCGUGGACAGCGCAAUGGAGAGUGUGGUGCAGGCGUGCGCGAAACAAGCAACCUCUAUCAGUGCUGAGCUACCGACACCGUGUUGCAUGACCGUCUCUGCUGCCACCAUCGAGGUAUCCACCAGUGCAGAGAUCAUGAUGAGACAUGAAGUUGAUAGCGUGGAGACUAUUUCAGCACACUCCGGACGACCUUCAUCGCCAACAGCAGCUGCCGCAUUCGACCAGGGCUGCACUCCAACAGCACCCGAUCAUUGCCAGAAUGUGUUCUCGUACGUGAUGGUGGAGGAAGGAGUGGCGGCAACUUGCUUUGUGUUCCGUGCUAAGAACGAGCUUGCCUGCAGCGCAGCCGUUACUACCAUGGAAACAGCAUUGUAUGCCGAUGUCAAACAAUUCAAGUCUAUGACCUAUCCCAGACAUGUUAUGCUGAGAGAAGGUGGAGUGGGUCAAGCCGGUCAGUUCUCGGUCAAGCAUAUUGGAAGCCUCACCGUGCAGUCUGCGUACAAUAGCAUUGACGAAGCCGGCCGCAAGAUUCUGGCACAGACACAUCCAGCCAAGGUUGAGUUCUCCUUCAUGGAUCUCGACACGGAUCGCGUUCAGUUGCGCAAGACAACAUCGAAUGUCAUCUACGCCUCGCACCAGACUCACGCCAUCUCGUCGGUGGGCGCGUUCAGCGAAGACUGUCGUGUGUUUGGCUAUGUGUUACGACAGCGAGCCUCCCCGGAUCCCGUCUGCCACAUAUUCCGCUGCAGCCGGCCAUCUACUGCCCUUGCCAUACUGGAGUGCAUCAAGGAUAUGUGUCAGGAGAGCUACAUGUCCAGACUCAGAUCUAAAGAGAUGCAAGAGUCUUCGGAUGAAGAGCGUGGCAGUGGAACACCUGGCAAUGCUAUUCGCAACUUCUUCUCCCGGUCGCGUCGCUCAACAGCGCGCUCGCAGACGGAGCGACGUCUUUCGGAAAGGAAUCACAAGCCGGCUUCCCCUACGCCAUCGGACGUGGAGCAGUCUGCCGACAUGGCAUCACGCUUGCGCACGGAGAGUACGGAUAACAUGGUCAUCGUUGAGCUGGAGGAGUCGCCAACACUACGCCGUCUCUACACCACUGUGGAUGAUCUACCCAGUAGCAGCUCUGACACCGGACUGGAGUUUCCCAUCGACUAUCUAGGCACGGGCGGCCUUGUCUACACUGAGCACAGACCAAAGGAGAUGACGAAAACGGUAAUGCACGACUUUGCACUAAAUGGGCAGGACGCCGGUGCGGUGGAUUGUGGCUCCGUACGUGUGUCCAUGCGCAUCUCCAGCCAAGGCGUGACGCUGACGGACAAGAAUCACGUCAUGUUCCUGAAGCGCAACUAUCCGCGCCGCGGCCUCUUCCACGUCGAUCAGCACGCCGUUGAUAAGGAGCUGUUCUCGUUUGCAACACUUCCUCCGGCCAUGAGCAGCAUGCGCAACUCUCCCAUUGGCCGUGCCUGUGUCAAAGUACACUUGUUCAGGUGUACCGAUGUGCCCAUCAACUCGGUCGUAAUGGCACUGCGUGGCAUCAUCCCCCGUUUCUCAGGGUAGCCUGUGCUGCGUAGUGCUGACGCUUGCCGGACAGGUAUAAUCUCCUGUGCCCGCGUGUCUGAUGAGCUAUGACUCCAAAGUGUUGCUCACUGCACACUCCUUCCUGCCAUUACUUUUCACCUCCUUCUCUUCAGCCGGAAUCCUGAUAAACUGCCGGAUGCAAGGGUAGAAUGGUCCUUGAAUGUAACAAUUUCAAAUUUUCCUCGUUGGUCAGUGUUGAUCUACAGCUAUAGCACAGCCUAUCUCGUAUCUCCUUUUUUAAUAUAAUUAUUUCUCACAGAAAUGUAUUGACUAUAAAAUCGUAUAUGCCUUAUGACUUUUUCCAAUUUCCUUUUUUGCCACAAGCCUUGAUAUAUUCAGAGAUCAGUCGAUGUGAACUGCUGCCUGGGUUUCUUUGCAUGCAUUUGAAUAUUUUCGGAAUUAACUGCUCAACAGAGCUGCACUGAGCUACAUUGCUCUUCGAUUAACUCAUAUUUUACCGACUAACUUUAUUGUGCGUGCUCUGAUUGUUCAAAUGCAGCUACUGACUUGAAUGCUGAGGUACAAAUCAUCUUACUCGUACAACGAUAGCCCCCACAUGCACACAUACCACACGAUUAGUAAAGUGCACUUCUUGUGUGGCUCAGUGAUUCACCGCAGCAUACUUGGAAACUGCACUUUUUAUUAUGCAGAGGA